AUGUCGCCGUCGCUGCCCUACGCCGCCGACGUCGAGUCGCCCCUGAAGCCGGAUGAGCUGCAAGUCCUUCGCGCACAGUACGAGAAAGAAGGCGAAUACGUCGGCCUGCAGACAAAGUUCAAUUACGCCUGGGGCCUGAUCAAGUCCAACGACCGCCCCGACCAGCAAGAAGGCGUGCGCCUGCUGUCAGAGAUCUUCCGCGGAAGCCGUGAGCGCCGUCGCGAAUGUCUCUACUACCUUGGGCUCGGCAACUACAAACUAGGCAACUAUGCGGAGGCCAGGCGGUACAACGAGUUGCUGUUGGAGCUUGAGCCGGCGAAUUUGCAGGCAGGCAGCUUGAAGGGGCUUAUCGAUGAGAAGGUUGCCAAGGAGGGAUUGGUGGGUGCGGCGAUUGUGGGUGGUAUUGCAGUCGCGGCGGGGUUGGUCGGCACAUUCUUGUUGAAGAGUGGAAGGAGGAGAUGA